AUGGCGUCGACAUCCACCGUAAACCCCUUGAAUGCAAUGGAGGAAUCUCCAAAUUGGCUUGAAAUGCCUCACGAACUGAUGGCAAAUAUACUUCAGAGAUUGGAUGAUGUAGAAAUACUCAACAGUGCACUUAAAGUAUGCACAACAUGGUGGAGAAUUUGCAAGGAUCCGGCAAUGUGGAAAGUCAUCGACAUGCACAGACCGAUUGAUGCUCGGGAUGUAGAUUACGAUCUUGAGGCGCUGACUAAGCAGGCAGUUCAUCUAAGUUGUGGGGAAUUGAUCGAUUUCAGUAUCUCGGGGUUUGGCACUGAUGAUCUCCUUGAUUACAUUCUGCUAAGCUCAAGUAAACUUAACAGUCUUUGCCUUACGGACUGCUACAAUAUCACAAGCAGUGGGUUGAGUCGUGGGCUCGAAAGAGUGCCACAAUUGGAGAAACUUCACAUUUCUUACACGUCUUGGAGGGUAAACUACAGCGAAGUUAUUGUACCAAAUUGCCCCCAACUUAAGUCCUUCAAGUUGGACAAAGAAUGCAUAGAGAUAGGCCUUACAAAUGACGAUGAUGCCCUUGCCAUUGCAGAAAACAUGCCUGAGUUACGCCAUCUGCAGGUGUUUGGUAAUAAGAUGACAAACACUGGACUCCAAGCCAUUCUUGAUGGAUGCCCUCACCUCGAAUCCCUAGACGUUCGUACGUGUUACAACAUUAAUAUUUUCGGGGAUGAAGUAAAACUCUGCAAGGAAAGGAUCAAAAAUUUCAAGUGUCCUGGUGACUCGAUUGAAAACUGCACGUUUCUUCCUCCGUUUCAUGUCUAUGUGGACCCCAAUAAUCAGUGGGGAGAUUACGAGCAUUAUGAUGAUGGUUUCUAUUAUGAUGAUUAUGAUGAUCCUUCCGACUAUAUAUGAUUUCUUUGUUGGGUUCACAAAGUAUUUAGUUUUAUGUUUUUAAUAUUGCUUAUGUCUUUGUGUUGUUUGCAGGUGUAGAACUUUGGCUUUAGAUAUUAUAUAUGUAUCUGCUUAGAAGUGUUAUGUUUUUAGUUCAUGUAAUGCUAGCUAGUUUCGUGGACUAAAGUUAGGAAAUAUCUAACAAUGUACAAAUAUUAAAUGCACUAGGUAAACAUCUUUUUUACUUUUGGAAAA